AUGGAGACAUUUAAUAAACAAUUCGAAGAUAAUGAUGUUCAAGAAAGCGAAUGGAUCGAAACAUUAAAGCAAUUUAAUAAAGAGAAUGCAGAUAAAAGGAUAUUUACAGAUAGAGUAUCAGCUGAAACCAAAUUUAAAUUUACAAAUAAUUUAUUCUUUUAUUUAAAAACAGAAUUUAAUCCAUCAGUCUCAAACAAACCAUCUGAUGAAUCUAAAACUCAAGUUUUAACAGCAUUAAGAAUUUCAUUAAGAGAGUUAUUAGAAGAAGAAAAAGAUAUCAUUAGAAAGGAAUUAUAUUUAUUUAUUAAAUUAGGUAAUAUUGGAGAAGAGGAAAAAACCAAUAUGUACAGUAAUUCAGUUAGGGAAGAGGCAUUAAAGUGCAUUGUCAAUUGUAUUAGUAGAGACCCAAGUAUUCAAAAAAUAUUUUUAGAGGAUUUAAAGGGACCAUAUUUAUUAACCAAGGAAGUCAAAAACCACUCUAAAGAAACACCAGAUUCAGUUUUAGAUGUAAUCUACAAGAUUUUAGUUCAUUGUUGUUCAAAACCAGAAGUCAAGGCUAAGCUUAGACCAGAGGGAUUAUUGGAAUAUGUCACAGAGGCACUUAUAACCAGAGUAGCUGAUACACAAAAAUAUGAAAGCUCACCAGAGCUUGUAUCAGAUCUUUGCAGAUUAUUGUUCACUCUCACCAUCCACUUAGGUCCAUUGGAAGGUGGCAAGCCAACUCCAGCUAACCAUUUAGAAAUUGAAGGUUUUAGAAAAUUAUUACCAACCUUUAAGAGAAUUAUGGUUACAAAUACUCCAGAGACAACCCAUCCAUUUUUUGCCGUCAAAACCGCUUUACUCUCUGCUCUCAUUAAUACACCAAGAGAUCUCUAUGAUGAAUUAAUCGACGAAAUUGGUUUACACAUUUUCCAAGAUAUCUUUAAAAAGCAACUCUACCUUUUAGACUCUCCAGAAACCGCUGCUCAAUUUUUACCAAUCUUAAUGUUAUUAACCAGCACCGCCGAGAAUGUACCAUCAACCCGUGACGAAUUAAAAGCUAUGACAUUCCCAUACGAUUUAAUUAAAGAUAGUGAUGAACCAUUAUCAGUUGGUAUCGAGCCACCAGAAGAAGUUAAGACUACAGGUGUUAGUUCAAAAUUAAUUCCAUUCAUGACCGGAAAUGAUAUCGGUUUAAAACAUUUUGUCAGCGAAUAUUUCUUUAUGAUUUGCGAUGAAGAUGCAAAUGAAGUUUGUAGAUUGACCGGUUUUGGAAAUGCUGCAGGUUUACUUGUCACCAGAGGCUUAAUGAGCUUAGGAGGUGGCGGUAAAUAA